GGAGAAAACGAAGAAGAAGAAAAACAAGAACAACAAGGAGAAAACGAAGAAGAAGAACAACAAGAACCACAAGGAGAAAACGAAGAAGAACAACAAGAACAAGGAGAAAAGGAAGAAGAAGAACAAGAACAACAAGGAGAAAGCGAAGAAAAAGAAGAACAAGAACAGCAAGGAGAAAACGAAGAGAAGAAGAACAAGAACAACAAGGAGAAAACGAAGAAGAACAAAACGAACAAGGAAGAAAACGAAGAAAAGAAGAAGAAGAACAAGGACGAAAAGGAAGAAGAAGAAGAAGAACAAGAACAACGGAGGAGGAAAACGAAGAAGAAGAAGAACAAGAAAACAACAAGGACGAAGCGAAGAAAAAAGCAAGAACAGAACGAACAAGGAGAAAACGAAGAAGAAGAAGAACAAGAACAACAAGGAGAAAGCGAAGAAAAAGAAGAACAAGAACAACAAGGAGAAAACGAAGAAGAAGAAGAACAAGAACAACAAGGAGAAAACGAAGAAGAAGAACAAGAACAAGAACAACAAGGAAAAAGCGAAGAAGAAGAAGAACAAGAACAACAAGGAGAAUACGAAGAAGAAGAAGAAGAAGAAGAAGAAGGAGAAAACGAAGAUGGAGAAGAAGAAGAAGAACAAGGAGAAAACGAAGAAGAAGAAGAAGAAGAAGAAGAAGAAGAAGAAGAACAACAACAAGAACAAGGAGAAAACGAAGAAGAAGAAGAAGAAGGAGAAAACGAAGAUGGAGAAGAAGAAGAAGAACAAGGAGAAAACGAAGAAGAAGAAGAAAAAGGAGAAAAAGAAGAUGGAGAAGAAGAGAAGAACAAGGAGAAAACGAAGAAGAAGAAGAAGAAGAAGAAGAACAAGGAGAAAACGAAGAAGAAGAAAAACAAGAACAACAAGGAGAAAACGAAGAAGAAGAACAACAAGAACCACAAGAAGAAGAAGAAGAAGAAGAACAAGGAGAAAACGAAGAAGAAGAACAACAACAAGAACAACAAGGAGAAAGCGAAGAAGAAGAAGAACAAGAACAACAAGGAGAAAACGAAGAAGAAGAACAACAAGAACAACAAGGAGAAAACGAAGAAGAAGAACAAGAACAAGAACAACAAGGAGAAUACGAAGAAGAAGAAGAAGAAGAAGAAGAAGGAGAAAACGAAGAUAGAGAAGAAGAAGAACAACAAGAACCAGAAGAAGAAAAAGACCGAAGAAGAAGAAGAAGAAGAAGAAGAAGAAGAAGAAGAAGAUGAACAGAAAGACAGCAGGAGACAGCAGCUGCAGCAGCAUCUUCUCCAAGUGGAGGAGGGAAAAGGUGGAGGAGGAGGAGAAGAGGCAGCAGCAGCAGCAGCAACUGACUGCAACCAGGAGCCACUCAGACUGCAACAGUAUACUCCCAGAAAGAAAGAAGGUCCAGGGACGCUUCUUCCACCAGAGGCAAAGUCGCGCAUUAAGUCUUCCUCCGAAGGGGACCACUACUUCUUCUCCUUCCAAAGACAUAAAGUGCAGUAUUUAUAG